UUUGGCAGAAACCGUUUCCAUAACACAACGUCAUACUACUCUCUCUGUUUCUUCUCUCUUUAUAGAGAGAGACAUACAAAGGUUUUGCUCCAAUAAAGAAACUUGCGGUACACACACAUAUUUACAAUCAUCGUCAGCUUCUUCUCCUUCCUCUCCAAGAACAAAAAAAACAAUCUUUUUGAUUCUUUAUCGAAUCUUCUGUUUCGUUCAUCAUCAAGAAAUGGGCAAGAGAGAUGAGAAAGCCGAAGCUGUUCUUCGUUUACUCAGGAAACAAACUCCACUCACUCUUAAACAAGAGAAGUUCUGUAACAGAGACUGCGUGGAGAGGUUCUUGAAAGGAAAAGGAGAUAACGUCAAAAAAGCUGCGAAGCAGCUAACUUCAUGCCUUUCGUGGAGACAAAACUUUGAUAUUGAGCGAAUAGGGGCAGAGGAGUUCUCGGCGGAGCUAGCCGACGGCGUAGCUUACAUCGCCGGCCACGACGGAGAAUCCAGACCCGUUAUCAUGUUCCGUUUCAAGCAUGAUUAUCAGAAGCUGCGUAGCCAGAAACAAUUUACGCGUUUAGUGGCGUUCACGAUGGAGACUGCGAUCUCGAGCAUGUCCAGAAACGCGGAACAGAGCGUUGUUCUACUCUUCGAUGCAAGCUUUUUCAGAUCAUCCUCUGCUUUUGCAAAUCUGCUUUUGGCAACUAAAAUUAUCGCAGAUAAUUACCCAUGCCGACUUCACAAGGCCUUUAUCAUUGACCCUCCCUCCUUUUUCUCUUACAUUUGGAAGGGUGUACGUCCUUUCGUGGAGCUAUCUACUGUCACUAUGUUAAUCUCGUCUCUAGACUACGACGAGCAGCUAGAUAUUAGCCACGUGUCAUCAUCGUCAUGUCUUAGAUCAGCUUCCCUACGUUUCGAUCCAUCGUCGAUUAAAUCAACGGCUAAGAUUGGUUCAGCUUCUUCAAGAUUCGCCUUCACCGUAUCUCACAACUCAAUGAAGCCGUGGUACCUUUCCUUAACCGACACAUCACCGUUUCACGCCGCCGUCGACUCCACCGCUUCCAAAGUAUCUCCUCUCAGCGUGCGUUCUCUAUCUUUCGCGUCUCCGGCGGGGCGUGGUUUAAGAGACCCGAAACCAGCCGCAUGCAGAAAGAGUUUGUUUCCCUCGACGCCGUUGCCGGAGAAGACGAAAACGGUUCCGCACCGAAAAACUCCACGUCCGUCUUUUUUUCAGUCUCCGGCGAUGUUCUUUCGCGGGGAGAAAAAUGUCGGCGGAGGCGAGAAGUCAUCACGUGAAGCGUUCGUACCGUAUCUGAAGUUUUAUCGGAGACCGUACGAUGAGACGGCCUAUAGGUCUAAACUGCGGGGUCCACGUGGAUUUGUGUCAGUCGUGUCUUCGCACAGAAGAUGUCGCCACGUAUCUUUAUCUCAACGGUUCUAGUUAUGACGUUCAAAGACCAGAUUGGAGAGCAAAGUGUAUAUACUAGUUUUACAUUUAUCUGUUCCGACCACUCUCUCGUAGAGUAGCAGUCAUAUUACACUGGAGUAUUAUUAUUCAACGAGCUUGUUUUAUUUAUUUA